AUAAUUUUCAUGAUAAUACAUAUCCAUGAAAAAUGUCAGGCGGGAGAGUAUUGUUUAUGUAUUUUUACUAAUCAUAAACAUGCCAAAUAAAAAUAUAUUUGUGUUGGAUAAUGGGGCGUAUACAGCUAAGGCUGGAUUUACAUCAUCUUCGGAACCUAGAGUGAUCCCGAACUGCAUCAUGAAAGCGAAGAGCGAAAGACGGAGGCCAUUUAUUGCGGACCAAGUGGAAGAUUGCCGAGAUGCUUCAGGUUUAUUUUACAUCUUGCCUUUUCAGAAGGGCUACCUGGUGAACUGGGAUGUGCAGAAGAGCGUGUGGGACCACAUCCUGGGCAAGGAUUGCUUCGCAGUCAACUUCAGCGACACGCCGGUCAUCAUCACGGAGCCGUACUUCAACUUCUCCUCUGUUCAGGAUGCGAUGGCGGAAAUAUUUUUUGAAGAGUACGAGUGUCAGGCACUGCUGCGUGUAAACAGUGGGGAUUUGAGCUGCUACAAGUACAUGCACGACACUAAAGCCUUGUGCUGUCUUCUGGUAGAUUCUGGAUACAGUUUCACUCAUAUUGUGCCAUACAUUAAAGGCAAGAAGUUGAAACAAGGCAUACGCCGCAUUGAUGUUGGAGGAAAAUUGUUGACAAAUCAUCUGAAAGAAAUAAUAUCAUACAGGCAGCUGCAUGUAAUGGAUGAAACGUACGUGAUAAAUCAAGUUAAAGAGGAUGCUUGUUUUGUCUCACAAGACUUCGUGAAGGACAUGGAAGUAGCAAAAAAACGAGGGGAAGAAAAUACCAUUGUCCGGGAAUAUGUACUGCCUGACUACACCACCAUUAAACGAGGUUAUGUAAGGCAGCCAGGGGCACCAAGAAAUGAAAACGAAGGUGAGCAGCAAACCCUGCUCCUGACGAAUGAGCGGUUCGCGGUCCCGGAGAUCCUGUUCAACCCCUCGGACGUGGGGAUCCCCCAGAUGGGCGUCGCCGAGAGCAUCGUGCACAGCAUCGGGUCGUGCCCCCCAGAGACCCACCCGCACCUGUUCGCCAACAUCCUGCUGACCGGGGGGUGCGCGUUGUUCCCUGGCUUCCAGCAGCGGGUGGAGUCGGAAGUCCGGAGCCUGGCCCCGGAGCACUUCGCGGUGCACGUCACGGUGCCUCCUGAUCCUGUGACGUACGCCUGGCAUGGUGGAGUUCUUCUUAGCAGAGACCCUGAAUUCAAGUCCAAGUUGGUAACCAAGGAAGAGUAUGAGAGAGAGAAACAGAACGUUUGUGCAGAAAGGUUUGAUGACUAAUGAUAUGUCAAAAUCAAAAUGUUCAAAAUAUUUUUUAUUUUUGUAAUUUUUAGUUUAAAUGUUUAAAAAAAAGUUGUCAUGAAUACAAUAUGUAAAUAUUGUGUAUGUGUGAGUAUAUAUGUAUAACAAAUAUAGUUAUUUAUGAAUACUUGGUUUUGUAUAAUUUUUAACAUUUCAGGGUGACGAUUGGUCGGGAAAUUCGGGAAAACCUGGAAUUACCCAGGAAUAUUUUGCCUCUGGAAAAAUACUGGAAAUACCCAGGAAUUUAUUUACCCCUCGGGAGAUUUGCUAUUCUUCCAUACUGUAAUUAUUGUCUAACGUUAAAGUCGUUGAUUAUGUACAUCUGCAGUUAAUAUCGAUAUUGAAUAUAUAUUAAAUAGCAAUGGAUUGUGUAAUAAAUAUUUAAUUUUAUAAUAAGAGACGACAUGGGAGAGUCAGCAUCCACAGACGAAAGCGUUAUCGGCAAUCCUGACGCUAUUCAUGUUUACGUGUGUGACUGUGAUGCUCAGAGAAACGUUUUUAGAACCUGACGCCAGAGCGCAGCAGGAUUAAGAUUGUUUACUGUGCGUAAUUCCAAUUUUCUUAAGAAAAAAAUAUAGUUUAAUAUUUUUAUCGUUGGAUAAUUUACGGAUUCAGUUUAUUAAAUUUUCAUACGGUAUAUCUUUUAACUAAUUGUUGUUGGUUUUAUAACAGCUAAUACUUGUUUAGGUGUAAACUUUUAUCUUGUCAAUAGUUGGCAACACUUCAUCUAAUGUACCAAUAUCAUUGUAUCUGCAAUGUGCAUUUGCGCGGAAAGUAGAGGUGGGUUGUUACAGCAAUUUUCGGUAUCAGUACCAACAUGAUACUGAUACAGUAAUGUACUAGUUACAAGUAUCUGAUACUUUUGUAUCAGAUAGAGCAGUAGCUGUCCCAGGAAGCAACGAGGUAUCAGCAUUCUCGUUACAGGUUACACAUCCUCUGUGCCGUCAUCACCAGCGUAAAAAGGUAUCUGUGUCUCUGAUACAUUAUUUAUCACGCCCGGUAAUUCUCUACCUCUGUUACUCUCAUGCCCGCCUGAUACAGCCAGUAUCAAUCAGUUCAACAUUCACUGCAGUUCGUCCUGGCCGUGUGUAACGGUUCGUUACAUACAAAAUUAAACAGAUGUUCCACCAAUUUUAGUUUUUGUUUUAUUUUUUUACAAUAGAAUGCACAGACAAAUCCAAACACUUCCAAAAGAGGCUGCUCACUCAUUCCACAUAUUCGCCUAUCAAGAAAUGCUCGCAGCUCGCGCGAGGAGAGUUAAUAAUAAAAAUUAAUAACUUCGAUUAAUUUCUUUAGUAAAAUCUUACUGUAAGCUGUACGUAACAAAAGUCAGUGCGACCUCCAAUAGGGCCGCACCCAACGAAAAACCGCGAGCCGCCGAAACGCGGCCUCGCCUAGCAGCGAUCGCCCGACGACUACUGAUGAACUCAUGACACGUCUCCUCCAUGCAGGGAGGAGAAGUCACAUGACCUCACUGACCAAUCACACGCACGCUUCAUUCACACUUACAGAUACAAGCCAAUAGGAGUACAGAACACUCACUGAAAACAGUUUUCUCUCCAUAGAGCUAGGGACUUUACAUUCUCCUUCUCUCUCCCACACCGUCAGACAGCAGUUAUCACACAUUUCCCACGACCAGUGGGGAAUCCCAGCUUUUAUCUCAGUUAGCGGGGAAGCACUGUUUCUUUCUCACUCCCACUUACAGGCCUCUCAUGCAUCUCUUUCUAACCAUCACACCAGACACAGUCCCAAUCAUUCCACACGUUAAUGAACAUUACAAACAGCAAUUAUAAUACAAAUGACUUGACAAAAUUCAACUUAUUGAGAAAACCCUGAAAAAUAGGCCUAACCAGGCAAAAUUCUAGUACAGCAACUUAUUUGUGAAUAAUUACAUAAAAAAUAGUAAUGAUUAAAAAUGUCUAAUAAAAUACAAAAUACCUUCUUAAAACACAUAGCACGUGCAAAUAACAUAUAUUAAUAUUCAUAAUGUCUGAUUCUACUGUUUCAUAACAUAUACACCACUCUAAAAACAUUGACUUAUUUAUAUUUACCUAUACAAAAAGAAGUUUAAAAGAAAAUUAUUUAUCUUGGAGGGCAGAGUUCUGCAACGUUACACGUGUAUUACCAUGUACAUUGUUGCAGGCUGUCAUGCUUUGUAGUUAGUAUCUUUAUAGUGAAAUAAGGAAUGGAUAAGUGCAAGAAAAAGACUUCAUUUGUGUGGAAUUUUUUCACGGAAAAUAAUGAGUUUGCUAAGUGUAAUUUGUGUAAACAAAAACUGAGUUAUAAUGCAAUACUAUUUGUUAAAUAGUGACUGAACUUGCAAAGUGUUUGUUUUUUUAUCGAUAUUGGCACUGCUAACUGCCUGAUGUACCUAACUGAAAUGUCUACUGAUAUAGUAUGCUCACUAAUGUACCUAUCUGUUUUUUUUUUAUUUUUAAUUUUUGAUAAAAUCGUAAUCUUUUAAUGUAUGAAAACACUAGUUACUAAUUGUUUUCGAAAAAAGAAAGUCCAUAUGUUGAUUACAUCUGUUAUUAGUGUCAACUGAGAAUUUAUUUGCAUUUUCAUAGCUGUUAGGUGCACAAAUAUAAAUAUUAUAUCUUGUAUUAAUGUACUUUUUAAUAUUAAAAUUUCAUUAGUUUUAUUAUUGAACGAGACGGUGCACGCACUGUGCACUGAGCAUACUUUGAUGUGGGACAAUAAACAAAACGUCUCGUAAGCGUAACAAUUUCGCUCUGCGCCUCUCCUUCAACGCCAUCCCCUGCGCUUCCUCCCCUACAUUCUUUCCCUUUAUCCCUUAUUCGUCGUGCCGCUCCCUCCCCUUUGACAAGCUCCGCCCAAGUGACUGUCAUCUGCGAUCGGGUUCUGCGCACGCGCACAUUGGCCGUAGUGGUGUUCCAAGCGAAUUCAAGGACUGAUACUAAAGUUCAUGAUACUUUUCAAGUGUACUCGUUUGCAGUACCUGAUACAAGUGUAUAUCAGUUACAAAAUAUCAUGUUGAUACUUUUCGACCCACAUCUAGCGGAAAGUAACGUAAUUCAGCAUUUUGUUAGGAUAUGUUUAUGUAG